AUGGUGAGCUUUAAAGCGCGCUCUACGAGACUCGAACCAACUCACAUGAAUGCGCAAAUUAUGAGACCCCAAACUUUUGGAUCGCUGCUCAUACUUCCCGACGAAUUGCUUCAGAAGAUCGCUGCCUACGUUGUGUUUGUUCCUGGAAUAUACCUUGGCACCGCGUUCAUAUCCGCUAAGCCCCGGUGGGCGACCAUUGCUGGUCUGGCAAGCGCCUCACGCGAUGCACGAGCUGUCGCUCUACGCGCAUGGUUCCGUGUAUUGGUACUCAAAGACGAGGAGGACUGGGACGUUGCUUCUAGGCCGUCCUUCAUCAAUUUAUUUGUGAGGGAACUCUGCGUCCACGCUACUGCUCUUGGGCCAACGACUGCUACUAAUGCGCUUCUUGGGUUCCCUGCAUUGCGCGCAGUGCAUAUAAAUGCGCACAAUGACGUUACUUUCGAUCCCUAUGUGGGCUACAAAUACUACACUCUGCUCCCAGAUGUUCCGAAAGGACUGAAGCGUCUCGCAGUAACCCAUGCACAUGCUCCAGAUGGAGAACGGCUUGAAGCCCUGGCGAAUAGCGAGCUAGAAGAGAUUAGGCUAGGUCGCUGCACGCUGUUUGAUUGCGCCACGCAGGGUUGUUCGUAUUGGCCCGCCUUUCCGCACGACCACGACGCAUAUUUUUCUGACGAGGGUGCCGUAGAGUAUGCCACCAGCAUCUCCCAAGACCUUGCACCUAUCAAAAAUCUCCGCACUGUCCACCUGGGAGUCUAUCUGACCCCCCAUGCCGCCCUAUCUACGCACCAGCACCAGCACUCUCAUAUCCCUGUUCUCUCCCCUCCCAUUACGGCCUCUAUUCCUAACUUGGACUCACUCUUACAUCCCCCACCGCCACACCAUCUCCACCUUUUACAGCAUCCGCACCACCGUGCCCCGCUCCACUCGCCCACACUAUGGUCCACUCCGUGCGAAGCCUGUCUAACCGAGUUCGGGCCCGCCACCCAGAUCGCCGAGCAUGCGGCUUCUUCUGCAUUGGGAAAGCUCGUACCAGGGCUCGAGGAGAUCAGCUGGGCAGGGUACUUUGAGCGCUCUGGCCAGGGUGUGAGUAUCUGGCGUCGCUCUAUGGGCUCCAGAGGCGCGGUUGAUUGGGUCCAUGCCAGUCUUGGCUCAAACCAAACCUGUUUCGACGGAUGCUUUUGA